CGGGAGAGUCAGCUGUUGUUUACCUCCGCGGCCGAAACAUCUAUUGCACUUUUCCCAACGUUUGAACCUUCAGAAUGGACGAGUUUCCGAAUGCAGAGGAUGAAUAUGAAAUGCUCCAUGCAGAUGAGUUUGAGAUGAUGCGAGAAUUUGAUAAUUUUGAUGAAGAUGCUGCAGCUGCAGAGGCAGCAACUAUUCCUCCCUCCAUCAAAAGAAGUCUUAAUUUUGCAAGUCCACCAUCAGUGGCCGUAAAAAAUACAACUGUAGAUGAAGGUAUUGCAGAAAUGACCCAAUUACAUGAAAUUCAGAAUGAUGGCCUUAUGAACAGAAAAAGACCUGCAGACAGGGCAUUUGAUGAUGAUCUUGACCAAUUUCUAAAUGAUGAUUUCAUGGAAAAUAAAAAGAAGAAGCAAAAACCAUUACUUCCAAACGUAGGAAAAUCCAAUAAUCCCCAGGAUAUUGCUAAACAUGAGGCAGAUUUGGACUUGAUCAACAGAAUCCUUGAAACUAGAAAAGGCCUCCAGAGACCUGAGUUGUCUGAUGCAGUACAGACAAUUAAUGUUUGUGAAAGACCCAAGCAUGAAGCUCGGAUUUACAAACGUCUUCCUGAUGGAGCUUUCCAGGCCAUUACAACGGAGACUGGGGAACGUUACUACUUAACCAAAAUUGAGGAAGAUGAGUGGGACAGUCAGGUCAAUUCCAUAACUGCUUCUCAUAAAGCAAAUUGUCUCUUAAACAUACCCUACAUUCAACUGAAAGCUCAGGCAGAACAGGAGCAAAUUCGACAGGAUGCAAGAAGAGCAAGGAGCUUACAAGAGGCUGAGGACUCAGGCAUGGAAUCUGGUGUAGAAGAUGAGGAGGUAGUGAAAGAUACAUUAUGGGUGGAGAAGUACAAGCCCAAAUACUAUUUGGACUUGCUUAGUGAUGAGUCAACAAAUCGCACAGUUCUACACUGGGUGAAGCUAUGGGAUAAAUUGGUGUUUGGCACAGAAAAGAAGCAAAAAGUGAAAGAAGAAAAAAAAAGCACCCAGACUGCAAAACCUUUCAAUAAGUUCCAAAAGAAAGGCCCAGAGGUUAUUGAAGAACUAGAUGAACAAAAUCGACCAAUGCAAAAGGUAAUUCUCCUUUGUGGCCCUCCUGGCUUGGGUAAGACCACUCUAGCCCAUGUUAUUGCAAAACAUGCUGGGUACAAUGUGGUGGAAAUGAAUGCCAGUGAUGACAGAUCAGUUGAAACUUUUCGAACAAACUUAGAAAAUGCAACUUCAAUGAAAUCUGUCUUAGGACCUGACCCAAGACCAAACUGUUUGAUUAUUGAUGAAAUUGAUGGUGCGCCAGCUCCAUCUAUUACCCUCCUUGUGAACAUGCUGCUAGGGAAAGACACUGGUGGGAAGAACAGGAAGGGCAAGAAGAAGGAAGUAUCAGCAAUGCUUCAAAGACCUGUGAUCUGUAUUUGCAAUGAGCUUUACACUCCAGCUCUAAGACCACUUCGUCAGAUUUCUCUUGUGAUUCAGUUCCCACCAACGCACAGCUCAAGGCUUGCUCAGAGGUUGUUAGAAAUUAGUAGAAAACAUAGACUAAGGGCUGAUUUGACAGUCCUAAUGGCACUAUGUGAUAAGACAGAAAAUGACAUCCGCUCCUGCCUGGCAUUUCUCCAGUUUGUAAGAAGCACAAAAAAUACCCUACGACUGAAUGACAUUGAUGGUGCAGCUCUUGGGCAGAAGGAUUACCAGCGCUCCCUGUUCAGUGUGUGGCAUGACAUAUUUACCAUACCAAGACCUAAAAAAAAGAGGCGGGGUAACCCCCAUGAACAGCAGCAUGAGAAUGGUGUUCUGCUUGCAAUGCCAGAUUUGAAUUGUGAUCUAGACAAUUUUGGGGAGGAGACCACCUUAUCAGCACGUUUCAGUCGCAUGCUUAGGACAGUACAGUCUUGUGGAGAAUAUGACAAACUUACUCAAGGCUGGUUUGAAAAUUAUCCAGCAAUGAAAAUUAAAAAUGCUGCUAUGGAACCUGUGACGAAUGGCUUAGAGUGGGCUGCAUUUACAGACAUUGUGCAGAAAGAAAUUAUGCAUAGUCAGGCAUGGACUAUGAUGGGUUUCCUUCCAUACGCAUGUGUGUCUUACCAUCUACAGUUUGCUUCAUACCAGUGGCCAAAGAUCCAAUUUCCCAAUCAGAUGUCAGAGUUGAUUCAGAAAUUAGGGAAGAUGCAGAACUUAGUGAUUGCAAUGGUUAAUGAGAUGAGGCCAUUAACUAGAGUAUUUGCUGGAGCAAAUUCUCUCAUUCGAGAUGUCCUUCCAUACCUUCUCCAGAUUAUUCAGCCAAAUCUUAGACCAGUGAAUACUCAGCUGUACAGUAGACAAGAAAAGGAAGAACUAGCAAAUUUAAUUGAUACUAUGAUUAGCUACAAUCUGACAUAUACUCAAGAGAGAAGUAUAGAUGGACAGUAUUCCUUUAACCUAGAUCCGAAUAUGGAAGAACUGGUCAGAUUUCCUGACCAAAAGACAGGUAAACAGUUAUCAUAUGCCACGAGGCAGUUGAUUGCUCGUGAAAUUGAUCUUGAAAAAGUGAGGAGGGCUGAAGCAUAUUUUGUAAAGCAGCAAGAGACUGAAGCCAUAAGAAAGGAGAAAUCUGGAAAGGAAAACCAAGCUCCAAAGAUGAAGCAAGCAAACUCCUCCUCAUCAGUACCUACACCUGACUCAGCUGCUCUACCAAAUCACUUACAGAAGUUACAAGCAAAACCAGUUCUUGAACCUUCUGCUGUCAAGGAUGAAUGCAACUCAGAUGCAGGAAGAGUAGCGGCACCAAAAGAUUUCUUUGGCAGAGUAAUUAGCAACGCAGUCCAUCAGGAAGCAAAAAGCAUGACAAAUGAAAUUGUGAAAAGUGAUAUAUGGUUCAGAUUUAAGGAAGGCUACAGCAAUGCAGUAAGACGACCCAUCAAACUAAAAGAUUUAGUGUGAUAUAAUUAUUGCUUUCAUACUAUGUACUUUUAGAUUCAUUGUUAGUUUUUAAUGUUCGGAUCUUAUUUUCACAUUGGAUUUCUGUUCACUACCAUUGAAUAGCUUUAAGACUUUAUAGUUUAAUAUAGUUUCUAUGGUGAUAGCAAAGAAAACUAGAAGAGUAAGAUUGGAAAAUAUUUACAGUAUGGCCAUUUUUUUUAUAUAUAAUAAUGCCUGAUUGAUAAACAUAGAUGCAAUAUGUAUCAUUCGUAAAGUUAGAUGUGAAUAAUUGAAAUUUAGAGGCAAACAUCCUUGACAUAAUGAAUUAUUUUAUAUCUGACUGUACUUUUUCUGUAUUUUUCAAGAGCACACAAGUAAAAUCAUAAGUAGAUAUUGUAUGCAAUACCAAUUUGUGGAAAGUUGUACAAAAAAAUAAACGUUUUCUAUGAUAA